CACUUCCACUCCACCACUGAUGCUGGCGGCCGGUGCCGACCGCACCAUGCCGGAGGGGGCGACGGCAUUGGAGAUCCCCUCCGACCGCCCGGUGUUCUUAACCAGCCUGUCCUACGGAGGGGGCCCUCCGGCCGCUACGGCGGUCUUCCUCCCCCGGGAGACGCUCACGGUCACAGGACCCCCGGCCACAAUCAGUGUGUACGUCAACUUCGUCCUCGACCCCGAGCUGGAGCACUACUGGCGGCGCCUCGCGUACGCCUACAUCACCCCACCGGAGGCCCCGUGCCGCGCCGACCCGGGGCCCUUCAUCCGCCGCGUCUUCCGCACCCUCGCCCUCGACCUGCCGCAGAACUUCGAGCUCCUCCCUCCCGAACACGGCGCCGACAUGGCUGUGCGCUUCCGCACGCCCGACUUCCGGGAGGCGGCCCUGCUGCGGCAGCCGUUCGUGCUCGACGGCGUCACCGUGAAGCUCCUGCGCGACGGGGAGACCCCCGACACCAUCUGGGUGUCGUCCGACUACCUCGUCCACGCCGCCCUGCGCGAUUACCCCGUUGAGCAGCGCACAGAGGAGGGGAUCAGGUGGAAUUGCUGCAGAUUCGGGUACGUGCGCGAGAUCGACCCGGCCUGCUUCGCGGCGCCCGACCUCGCCACCGUCCGCGUCGUCCUUGAGCUGGAGCACCCUCGAGAGAUCCCCCACGAGCUCCGAAUUGACUACAAUGAAGAUGAUGGCCCCACCAGUGUCGUCCCCGUCGAGAUCGUCAGUGUCUGGCAUCACUCACACUCCUACGACGCCAAUGGACACAAAGAGACAGUAGAUGAUGCACUGAAUUGUUGACGCUCAUCAAGCACAUCGGCAUCUAUUUUCGAGGACGCCAACAUGUUGUCCACGAUUUCAUGAAGGUAACAUUCGAGCACUGCCUUGUAGACGCUCAUCAACCUAAUCGAUGGCAGACUUUGAAAAUCCUACUGAAAUUUCUUCGAAUAUACAUAAAAGUAAAGCUAGUUUGAAAUUUUUAUGGUGCAAACUGUGAUCGGUCAUUUAACUAUUUUGAUCAAACAAAACUUACCUUAUAUUAUCUUUUUUUUAAAGAAAACUCCUUUGAGAAAUACCCCGAAACCAAACUGGCCCUAAGCAGGUUUAGACAGGAAAAUAAAGAAAAGGAUAAUAACAAAAUAUUUACCAUUUCUUUAUCUGCACAAGGUAUUAUUAUUUAUUCUCUCUAAUUGUACAGUAAAUCAUUAAAUCAUAGUGUGACUGUGUGGUUUACGUGUGCCUGAAUGUGGAACCUGAAUUUCUCAACUGCAUAAACUGAAUUCCUCAUUGCUAGUUGGGAGAUAAAGUUACAUAUAAUGAAGCAAAACAUGUUGUAAAGAUGGUCCAGUUUAUCGAGCAAAUAUGAUUUCGGCCCUGCUUCAUGGCCCGGUAUUCUCCAUUUCGGAAGUAUCUUACAUUUCUUUUAGCUGCAAAGAAAUGUAAGGUAACCUUCCAAAUCUGCAUCCCAUGCUUUGAGUUAUUAUAUUCUUCUGCAAAAAUCAUCUAUCAUGUUAGCAGCUGAGCAAGCUGCAGUUUUUUUAUUUCUUGACUAUCUGGAACAUGUAUACAAUGUAAACAUGUAUCUAUCCUUAGUUUAUGUAGGCCAGAUUCUUAAUUAGAGUCAUGCCCAGGUUAGUUCUCCAAAGAUAUCGCUUUAUUUUACCUGCUGAUAUAGUGGAAUGUGUGCGUGGAUGAUAUUGUAGCUUGUUUGGGAUUAAUGUGUACUGUAAUCAUGCACCAUUUUGUUAUGCAAUUUGGGUUUGAGAAUGGGGGGGAGGGGUUGCAGAGAGUCAAUUAACAAGUCACUCAAUACAAUCCUAUCUUUCUCUUGCAAUAUACUACUUGCUAUAAAAACAUACAUUUGUUAGGAACGGUGGAAGUUUCUCUUGCAAGUCCAGGUUUUCAGACCCAAAAAAAUCCUGCAGUUGUUUGGGUAAUGUGUAAUUUUUAUUAGGAGAUUUGUUAUGUAGUUAAAAUUACCAGAAUUCAUACAGGAAAGAGACAAUAGAUGCUGUGUUUAAUGGUAGUUGCUCAUCGAGCACAUCGGUGCCUAUUUUUGAGAACUUCUACAUGUUGUCCAUUGAUUUCAUGAAGGUAACAUUUGAGUACUGCCUUAUAGAGGUGAUUGUAGCAGCAUGCGCUCUAGCUCAAACCAAAUUGAUGGGGGCUUUGAAAACCCUUCAGCAAUUUCUUCAAAUAAAUAUAAAUAUAAUGUUACUUUGAAAAUUUAUGGAUUUAUGGUGCAAUCUUCGACCGUUCAUUUAAUUUUGAGCUAAUACAACAUAGUUUUUAUUCUUUUUUUAACAAAACUUCUUUGAGAAAUACCCCCAAACCAAACUGGCCCUAAGCAGGUCUAGGCAGAAUAAUAACAAGAUAGUUGCAAUUUCUUUAUCUACACAAGGUAUUGCUAUUUAUUCUCUCUAAUAACUAUACAGUAACCGUGUGUUUUUCACGUGCGUGAAUGUGGAACUUGGAUUUCUGAAUCGCAUAAACUGAAUUCAGCUUUGCUAGUUGGGAAAUAAAGUUACAUAUGCAGCAAUACAUAAAGUUGUCCAGUUUAUCGAACAAAUAUGAUUUUGGCCCUGCUUCAUAGCCUGGUAUUCUCCAUUUCGGAAGUAUCUAACAUUUCUUUUAGCUGUAAGCAAAUGUAAGUUAACC